GUCAGCUUAUUGCAAUUAUUAUCUAAAGCUAUUGUUUACUUUUGCAGGAAUUCAUCCACUCCACAGUCCGAUGACCUCCUUAAUCAAGCACCUCGUUUGAGCUCUAUGAAUGAUGUCGGAAAGGCAAAAAGUGUGGUGUCAGAUCCUCAGUUUGAGGAACGGUUGCAAGCAGUAAAAAGGUUGGCACUAAAGCAGAAAAAAGCAGAGGAAGAGAAAGCAUACGGAGCAAUUGACUAUGAUGCUCCGGUCGAGUCCGAAAGUACUACAAUCGGAUUGGGUACCAAGAUUGGAGUUGGAGCAGCUGUUAUUGUAUUUGGACUCGUAUUUGCACUUGGUGACUUUCUUCCUUCUGGAAGUGUUAGUCCCACUGAGGAGAUUGCCAGCACUGAUAAGAGAAUUGCUGAAGAUGAGAGAGCUAACCUCCUGAAGACGCUUCAGCAGAUUGAGGCAACACUGGCUUCAUCACCAGAGGAUUCAAUCUCCCUUGAAGUGAGUUAUU